AUGGCUACGUUGGAUGUAAAGAAGUUAAGUAUCGUAGAGCGACAACUUUACACGCCACGGCUAGAAGAAAUAGUAGAAGUUCUGAGACAAGCCUUGGGUGCAAAUUUUUCUGAGGUCGAUGUUAGUGUCGUCGAAUGCCCUGAUCUGACACAAGAACCAUUCACCCUUGCAGGAAAAGGUCUCAAUGGGAAUCCAAAGAUAUUGGAAAUUGGUGGACCAGCUUUUUUACUUCCAAACGUUCAAAGAGAGAAGGUUUAUGAUAUUCAGCCACUUUUGAAGACUAUAAGUAAGAGCGAGAAUGCUCUCAUUAUCGGAGCUGGUGCUGGACCAUGGCCUUAUUUAAACAAAAAUUGUGAGCUCAUGAUGAACUUGUCGAUAUCCUCGUCUAUAGUCAAGAACCAAACUCGCCUUGCCUCUGUUAAUACAGUCAAUGACUGUUGUAUUCUACAAACUGUAGACAAUAAGGAGACUCGAUUUGCUCUGUUAGCAAAUCUCUUUGUUAGCGAGGGCAUACCAGGCAAAGUACUCAAAGUACAUGUAAAAAAACGUAUCGGUGACAAAGAUUUUGUUGCAAGUAUCCGAACAGCCUUGGCAGAUCACUACAAGGAUAAGCUCAUCGGUUUGGGAGGAACAUUUAUUAUUAAAGAAGGGAAAGCAAAGCAGCACGUUAUGCAAGAUUUUUCUAAAACCCCCUUGAACAAUGAAGAGGAGUUAAAUAAUUGGUUACGGUUUUUUAAUAUGUCAGCACCUUUAAUCGCUGUAGGAACUUUAGUAACUGCUGAAACGGAUUUGGAUUUAAGAGUGCAACAUUUUCAUAGCUUCUCUCAUCAUGGAGAAGGAGGGCAUUAUCAUAUCGAUACUACUCCAGAAACAGUAGAAUAUUUAGGAUACUUCAAUACUGGCAAUACUCUGUAUCGAAUAGAUAAACCUAUAAUAUCACACACAUUUGGAAAAGAUUAAUUAUUUUAUGUGUACAUACGUGUACUCAUGAGAGUACUCGGAUUUAUAUAUUACGGUUCAACAUAAAGUGCCUGGUGUACGUGAUAUUUGGUGAUACAUUGUAUCGAGAGCUUUAUUCAUUUAUUUUUUUACAAGUUUACCUAACGUAAACUACAAAAGGUUCUUAUAAAGAAUACUGUACUAUCUCUAAGCUAUACCUCUUAAUAAACAUUAUUUUUCCAUACA